UUGCUUCGAAAAUGUGCGAGCUAACUUUACGUGAGACUGUGCUGAAGUUAUUCGUAUAAUACCACCGCGUUAUUUAAAUAGAGAGACUGAGGGUCAUCUUGACUCAAAGACUGAGGGUCUUGAGACUCAAACUUGAAGUGUUGAAAGAACGGGGGCUGAUGAACGAGUUGAAAAAAGUUGAACAUUAUUAAAAGGGAAAACUUAAUAAACGAACACUGGAAGUUAAGUGUGUCUGCGCGGUCGUCAACAAUUGGUCCUGAAUUCAGAUCAAACUGGCUUCUGACUAACCCUGAUUGAACUGCUGACAUCAGGAUGGCGAGGGCAACCGCAACGGAGUUGAUCACAAUCUUUCUGAUGUGCGGGGCAGUCCGAGCAACUUCAUCGACAUCGACGUCAGAAUUGAUUUUUCUGCCUGAAUUGCAAACCCAGGGAACAAAUUUUCAAACAGAAUCUGACUGGAAACCGUUGGAUUUCUCUCCCAGUCAGAAUUGGAGGGAGAUAAUUAACCGGAUGAGUCGAGUAAACCUAGGACAUGGACGAAACACGGUCCUGAGUAACGUGAAGGCCAUUUUGGCGAGAGAAAUGCCUUUAUGGGACUCUGAAGUUGAGCCAGCCAGCGUCCACGCUGCUUUUCAGACCAAAAAUGCGUCAGGAUAUGGAAGAGAUGAGAACAAAUCUGGUCAAAGUGUUAAUAACAUCCGACGAACCUUGGAUCUUGGCAGCGCUUCGAUGUCCGGUGAGGCAGAUUCGACACUGAAUCGAGGAAAAGACACAACUCCAAUUGAUCGAUUACGCGAAUCAGCUUCUCACAGACUCGAUAUUUUCAGACGACGCUUCAACGGUCAAAUAAAUCAACAAAAUAAUAGAAACGAAUCCCUUGCUAUACUCGGUGAUAAGAAAAAAUUCAAAUUACAACCGUCAUCGAGUAUGAAGAAUAAGUCUGAUGAGAUAAACCGUCAGUUCAGAUACAAAACCAAGACCGCGUCCGUCAGCGACGGCGUCAAAAUCGCAACUAGUCACACGGAUACUAUGAAAACAGCCAAAAAAUUAGCAAAUGUCUUCAAACCUAGUGUUCAAUGGUGGUCAUCACAAGUAGAUACAAAAGAAAAAAGUAAGCCUGUGAAUCUUAAUAUAGUGAGCUUCAACACCAAAAAGUUACAACAAACCAACGCUUUACAAGACAACUCUAAACGAGUGGCUAUUCUGCACAUACCACCAAGGGAUGCGACGCGGCAGCGAAACAAAACCGACGAUCAGCAAGGACCAGCUUCUCAAAUUCAGAGUCCAUUAUUUUUACAGUCAUCUUAUAGCGGCAGUUACCUUGCAGGAAAUAAAGUAAAUGAUCUCAAUCCCAGUAAGGAUGAUUCCAUGCAAGAAAUUGUCACGCCUUUCCUCAUCAUUCCGCACACCGGUAAGAAGAUACUCCUGAGUAACUUGUCGACGCCAGUGGUGAGCGAUAUCAUCGCAGCAGAACGGCGCCAAGACAUCAAUCCACUUCGGUUAAUGGUGAGGCCUUUCAAAAAUCUGCUGAAGAACAACAACCCCAACUCGCAACCACAGCUUCAAAGCAACGUGCAAACUCAGAGCGUCAGGCUGAAUAGAGUUAGUCUCGACCACUUGCCUCCAGGGAAUUUCAUAAUAGAAUUCGGACCGCCAAAAGGAGAAGAUAUAAUGGAAUCGACAAGCCCAGAGAGCAUCAACAGGGCCAGGAGCCCAGCCACAAUCUCGCUCGAUGAUGGAUCAUCUGUAAAUAUUCGUGGACCACCAUUAACGUCACAAGGAAAUGUCGUGGCGGAUCCUCAAAAACCAGUUUUUAUACGAUCGCCAGUUCAGUUACUGGAACUACCUGCAUUACCUCUCGCAACUCAGCCACAAUCCUCGAACGCUCAUAUUCCGCAAAAUAUUGAGCAAGUCCACACGAUUAUCGACGGAGUUCCGCUGCAGUCGAUGUUUAGAUUAGAAACGGGAGACUUGACCAGCCACAAACAGAAUCCACAAAAUUUAUUCUCAGGAACUUCUACCCAUAACUUCCAGUCGCUUCAGAUCGCCCCUUUUUCUGAAACUUUCGCUACUAGUGGAAGUUCGCCUUCAACGUUUAUUCAACCUGAAAAUCAAGAAAAAUCUCACAAGACGAGAUCUGCACUCUAUGUUCCAAGUUCUUCCACUUCCAGCGUUAGCUAUCAUAACCCGGUUCAUGAGCUUACCAACAGCGCACCUCCAUCGCAAAUAGGUUUCGGCCACCCUCAUGAAGGCUCCAUACUCAUCAAAGAGACGGCGCCAAGCUCCGUGAGUACAUACGGCACAACCAAAGCAACACCAACAGCCACAACAGCAUCAGUUACCACCACAACCACGACAACCACCAAAGCCACGACCACUACGAAACGAGUACCACCUCUUUUGGCAGGCAAGUAUCAGUUGCCUGGUGGUACGUCAAAGCCAGGACGACUGCCGUGGCCCAACACAGUGCUAGCUCAUUUGCCGAUAGUGCCUCCGAAACUGCCUCGGGGAAAGGACGUUUCUUCCUACUCAGGAUACCAUGGACAACACCGCCCAACAGCUCACAGUGCAACCGGCUUCAAAUUACCGGACCUGAGCAUGUUCAACCCCUUCAAGUAUUUGUUUUCCAGUAGAUCUAACUCCCCCAAGCGAGACACUUACUCGACUUCCGACACCACGAGGCAGGAGAUACCCAAGCAAGAAAGCGAUUCAUUUAGUAUUCUAGAUUGGUUCACGGCGCCAUCUCGCAGCUAUGCGACUUUAAAAGAUGAGGGACCAGCCUUGCCCUUUUCAGUGGGAUUGAGUUUCCCAUCUCCAUUUUUAGGAGUCUCCGCCCAACUCAGAAACAAGUCUCCGGCUAGAAAAGAACCCCUGGGCUAUUCUUCCGACCUAACAAGCCACUUUGACACAAUCAAGCUAGGUAAUAAAUACAAAAUUCCUCAAACAGUACCUGGAGGCAACGUGGGAAACGGUGAUCACUACAAAGGUGUUUCACAACCAGACAUCAUAUUCCAAACCACUGAGGAGAAAUCACCUCUUUACUACGUCCUCAAUCCAGAAGCGUUGACUAAUCAUAAGCUGCAAGUAGGACACAACGCUGGGCCAAGUUUGAUCCCACAAAUUCCUCAAAUUCAGAAUGGACAGCCCGAAAUCAGCUCUUACAGUGAGCUGAAGAGAAAUUUCCGAAGAGGUAAACAUUCAGACGCUUUGCCGGAACCUCGACGCGACGUCCUAGCUAAUGCAAAUUAUGAGGACGGUAAAAUAAAACUUCCAACAUCAUUUUUCAGUGAACGUUUGAUGCAAUUGAAAGCACAUUUUAGCCAAGAAGAUCAAGGACUCGAGCCAAAUCAAACCCGCCAAAAAGUCUCGUCAUUGACGGGAUCCUUGCCGAAACCCAAGGCAUCCAACGCGGGACUGAGCAGCAAAACUAGAGAGCAGGUUCGAGAUCCAAGCCUUUUCGUAACCGCGGACGAAAUAAUGCGAGAUGAAUUUCAGGCCAUGCAAAAGAAAUCCGUAAAGCAAGUCCCUAAAUUACAUCGAUGGAGACCCAUCGAAAGUACGAAGCAGUCGCAUUCGAACUUCCAAGCAUCUGCGGCAGACUCCAACAAAAUCAUCGAAGUUGCACCUCAAGCCAUUGAUCAGACGGAUCAACUAGGCGCAGCGGCCAGUCAAAUUGAUAUGAGUAAACAAAAUAAUAAUUUACGAAUUUCGGUAAUGGCAAGACGCAUGGGAGAAGGAGAACAAGUUUUCAUUGAUGAUGUAAUGGAUGAAAACAUAGAAACCACGAGCAACGAACAAGUAGAUAUGAAACAUACUACUGAACAUGAAGACAUGAAUUUCCGAACAGCUGUUACGGAUGUCAUGGUGAAAGCUCCAGUAAAUGAUGACGAGUAUUACUUCGGAUUGAAGAAAACAAUAAACCACAUACCUAUUAGUAAAGCUAUGCACCAAUUGAUCGGAACGCAUAAACUUCCAAAGGAAACUUCAGAAAAUGAGACCCAGCAUUCAAAAACAAACUAUCAAUUCAACAAUCCAGAUGAAACUCAAGAAAAAAAUAACAGUAACACUGAUGCUGAAUUUGGAUCACAGAACACCAACCAGCUGUCCAUUGAACAGAACGACAAAAAUGAGCGAGCUACUAAUCCACGCGGAGAACCAAUAACUUGGACUUCCAAGGUAAUUAAACACUAUGAAGAAAACGCAGGUCCACAGGCCGUGAACUUAACUCGAGUCAAGUGGGGUUUUUGGCAGGCAGCAGACAUGGACAAUCGGCCCGCAUCUAUUGAGCUACAGCGAAUCAACAAGCCUGUGUUUCAUCUUGGCUCGCCCCAACAGCAGCGAGAAGGCCAGGAUGAUCACUCGACAUCAGAGUCCAGUCAAAGUAUCGUCGUCGUGAAGGCUAUCCCAAUGAACGAAAGGGGAGAAACUCUAGCCAACUCUUUUGAGGCACGAAAAGGAAAAAGCUUGAUCUCCUUUCAGCAGCUGAACCCUGAAGUAACAUUGCAGGAUGACGAAGGAAAACACAUAUUCCUGAAAGACGAAUCAACUCGAUCAGACCAUCAGGAAUCAAAGAAUGCUAUGGUCUCAUCGCUACUAACAACGUCUAGUACACCACCACCGGUAAUCACCACACAGGCUCAGGUUGUAACGGAAAAAAUAACUUCCACGGGGUCAAGCAACCCUACAACGGAAAACCCUACCACCCAACUCUCCGAUGCUUGGAUGAGAACAACAGCCGCCACAUAUACGAGCCAACCACCGGUCACUCGGAGUGCAAAAUCCAGAACUCGGAAUGAUAUAUUUAUUCCAGGUUUUCAUGAUCGAAAGAAGAAAAUGCCCGAAGAUGUGCAGGUAACCACGACAACUUCUACGACGAAGCCAAAACGCAGCUUCCCGCGUUCGUACUAUACAACGCCGCCACGACCAACGAUCAAACCCAAAGAUCGACCUCUAACGCAGGAAUCACUUUCGAGAAAAUUCUCACCGCUGAAAGAAGAUCAGUCAGAACAGAGGUCUCAAUUCACAGGUUUGACGCCAAGUGCAAAGGAAAGAUAUACGUUUACAGAAAAGAAGAAAAUAAUGGACGAAACCAAAGUAAAAUCCAUAGACGACGUUAAGGAAAGUGGACCGUUCUCAACAAAAAAAGAAUUAACUGCACCUCUAAAAAACAAAGAGAAAACAGAAAACUUAGAUCGAUUCGUCGAUUCGGAAGACCGAUACGAAGUUGCCGAAUCACAAACAAUCGAAACUGAGCAGCUUCCGAACAUCGUUAAGUUCAAUCGUGAUCAUGCAAUUGAACAAAAAAGGACUAGACAACAGAACCGGUUAGCAAAAAGACCAAAACCGUCUCACAUCCGAAACAUAGUCGGAAACAUAACAGAAGGAAACUCUCCUCAAUCUGUCUCAGUCUCCCUGUUUUCAGGAUUUAUUCGCGAGAAUAGCACAACAAACAAAUCAAACAACAAUCAAAGCGGAAGUGCUGCUCAAACCGAUAUCACGAGCGAAUCUACUGUCCAACAAGAGUUUCGAGACAAAGAUGGUAUCACUCCCGAAACUAAAUUCUUCCCCAUUACUGUCCAGCCCAUAGGACGAAAAAGAAUCCAGCAGUUAUCACGACUACCUUCGCGCUUAGCAUCAAGGCAGAGAGAAGACACUACUCCAUCAGUCAAAGUAGAAGCUACAAAAGAAAGUUCCCAUGUCGAUGAUACCAGCGGCAUAACGGCUGAUCAAAACAAAACUCCUGGUGCAAGUGAUCUUGUGAGCCAAGAUCCAAAAGAACAAGAAUCAGAACCAUUUCCUGGAGGCCUUGAAACAAAACCACAAAGUUUCUUCGACAGAAUUAGAAGUCGCCUUGCAUCGUUCAGGUCGAGACCCGUUUCGGCACAUGCGGUGAAACCAAGUGAGAAAUCGGAACAAGAAGACGAAGGUUCGGAGCGUUCAGUGCGAAGCAAAUGGAUAGCCAAACUUUCAACAGCAGCUCGCUCGCAACAAGAACAGCCAGCAACAACAGAAACGCCCCACCACGUCAUACCCAAAGAAGUACAGGCGGGCGAAAAGGUGGAAAAAGAAUCAGUAUUUGAGCAGCCAUUACGCAGCAUUGCCGAUCACUUCAACUCCAUGAGACAGAGAAACAAAUUCCGUACGAACAUUCGAGGAAAUACUGAGGGUUUGAAAUUUGAAAACGGCAAUAACGAGCACACACAACUAACGUCCAAAAUUCCAGAUACCGGUGCAUCAAAUGUCAUGGAAACGAACAUGAAAGAUUCGGUACUUGAUGGGAAUGAAGAGAAAAAGAAGAAGGCCAUCAAACUCUCCGACCGACCGAAUUUUCCCCGAGCCAGAGCCAAGGAUCCAACACAGAUAUCGCUUUCAAGUAACUCCCAUCAAGGAGAAGACAACCAACAAACAAAUCAGGACCAGAAACAUGCAGAACAAGAGCGAACAUCUCUUAGUCAAGACACUCCGCAACAAUCUGAGCAAAGUUACCAACACCAGUACCAUGACUACGAGAUACCUCAGUACCAUAACUGGGAGCCUGCCAAGCUUUAGGUAACUUAAAAAGUGGCCACUAAAUAGAUCGAUGAAAAAAUAGGUUAGAUUGCAUUAAUUAGUUACUGUAACACUGUAGCAUCUUGUAUGAUAUUCUACUCCGUUAACUACAAGAAGUUUUUUUUCCUAAUAGUAAUUAGAUCGGUGGAUUUAAAUAUUAUAUUAUUAUUACUACUAU